AGAGAGCGAGGCCUGGAGGGAGGGAGGGAGAGAGAAGGAGAGAGAAUACGCAGCAACAGCAGCAGCUCUCUUCCCUCCCUUUUUUUCUUCUUCCUUUUUUCCUUUCGAAACUUGAAAAAAAUCAAAACCCUCAGGAAAACCCUUAGUCUCUCUCUCUCUCUCUCUCUCUCUCUCUCUCUCUCUCACUCUCUCAAAGCCCCAAUCUCACCUCACACGUCCCGCUCUAAAUCACUGCGAUCCAUGCCCUAACUCGCCCGAUUCGACUCGCUCCGACUCGUUCUCCUCCAACGCCUUCUUCUUUCGAACUUCAAACUCCCCCGAUCGAUUCCUCUCUCAUUUUCAAACCUCCCGCCAUCCCCUUUUCAGAAAAACACAAAACAAAACUAACUAGUACAACUGACUCAAGCUAGGGCAUCCAAUAACUCGCUCUCUCGACCAUUUCAAAUCCUAAAGUACCCAAACGGUCGAUUUUUUGGAUUUCUAAGGUCUUGCCUUCUCCAGCUUUCCCGUUUCUUUAAAACUCACGUCGUGUUUUGCUCCUUUUGGAUUAGUCCGGCUUUCAAUUCAGCAGGCAUUGAAUGGAAAAGGGCGAGAGAGAUGCUUUCAGAUGAUGCUCAUGCUUUUACUGUUGGUUGAUUGCUGGUGAAUUUUACAAGGAUUAUACCGUUCUGGACAGCAUUGUGCUGCAUGCUUGCUUAUGUUUUGUGAUUAGGAGGUGUUUGAUUAAAUGCUGAGGAGAGCUGGUUUUCCGAUGGAAUUGCCAUUGCAAUGGCAUGAUUGCUGAGAAAGAUUUGUUUUAUCUUCUUACGGGAGAUGAGCGGACAUGAGUAGGCUGUCAUUCAGGCCUCGUCCUCUCGACAUUCAUAAGAAGCUUCCAAUCGUUAAAUCCAUAAAGGACUUUGAAGACGAUGAGGCCCCUACGACUUCCACGCGUAAUUCUCAGAUACUGCGCUUUGCCGCUGAGGCUGACAAUGAGGUACACGUGCAUCAUGCUCCUACUAAGAAAAACGCCUCUGAAAUACCUAUUCCACAAUUUGUUGUUGCGGACACAUACGAGAGAGAUUAUUCAUGCACCUUCACACAACCUACAUCAUAUUUACGUGGAAGGGGAGCCAGGGCUGAGAUUGGGGAGUUUGUUGAGUAUGACCUGGACAAUGAGGAUGAGGAUUGGCUUCAAGAGUUUAACAAUGAGAGGAAGAUUAUUACGCCUGAAAAACUUGAGACUCUUCUAUUUAAGCUGGAGGUUCUGGAUCAUAAGACUCGGGAAAGAGCAGGAGUCAUAACACCUACUCUUGGUUCACCUAUUCCUGUUCUUCUUAGGCUAGAUGCUGCAUUUGAGGCCCUGCAAGCCCAAUCCGUAAGAUAUGCAGUUUUCCACUCUAUCUAUAAUUACUGGAAAGCAAAGAGAGAAAGAUUACAAAAGCCUAUUCUACGUCGCUUGCAGCCACCUCCACCUGUUAAUGAUACCAAUCCGUACAAUGUAUUCAGACCAAGGGAGAAAGCCCACCGGCUCCACACAAGAAGGAUGCAAAGGCGGGAGAACAAUGUUCAAUCCUUUGAAAAGCUUCGCCAGGUCAACUCCUCUCUCCUUGUAGAGAUCACUUCUCUGUUGAAAGUGAUUUUAUUGGUCGAAAUUGCAUUGAUUUUACUUCAGGUCAGGCGCAACUUGGACCAAGCUAAAACAAUAGUAGAGAUUUUAGUUAAGAGGGAAGAGAAGAGGCGAGAAGUCAUGGAGAGUGAAGUUAACCUUCAACGGAUUCAGGUCAAGUUUAAGGACAAUAUCCAGCUCGUUGAAGAUGGGAUGGCGCUGUGUGGCUUGCCUCUGUUCUCAGGUAGAUUUGGUUCAAGUGAUGAUGACUUUAUCGACUCUGACGACAUGCCAAACAUAUGGCCACGUACUCAACCGGCCACGGCACAAAAUCCUCCUUCCACGGACUCCAAGCUGAUGAUGGUCCCAAUGGGACACAUGAAGCAAGAGUUGAAACGUCGACCUCUGCUGCACGAAUGGCUCCAUAGGAGGGAUCCACUCGAACCUGUUUUAUUGUUUGCAAGACCUCUAGAUUCAGGAAGGUUGACUGCUGCUGGCAUUGUGCCGCCAUCAGAUCCUCCUGUGGAAAAUGGUUCGACCAACCCACCCUAUCGUUUUCGGGGAAGAGUUGGCCGAGGAGGGCGAAUCAUCUUCGACCGAUGGAAUCCACUUCUUCGAACUCCAAUUGACCAUGGGAACUCGUCGUAUCUACUUCCUAAUCCCAAGCCUCAUAGUUGAAGUUGCCCUGAUGUUUUUCUUCUGCACUAAGUGAAGCAUGUCUGAACUGGGUGAAUGCCAAAAAAAAAAAAAAUCUUCUGGAAAGGGUUGCCAUUGAUUUUUUGAGAUGAUGCAGCAAGACUCAGGGAAACCAAGAGUAUGAGGAUGGUUUGCCACACCUGGUUCGGUAAGUUCUGUGCAGAGGGCAGGAAGGAGAUUUCCAUGACCAAGUAGGGCAAAAGGGGUGUAGCUUGGCAUGCCUUCAUUCGGUGAUUUUGGCAGUUUCGGCCAUCAUUCCAAUGUAUGUAUAUUUCAGCCGGGUCCUGACCAUGCUGCCCCGCCAUUGUACCAUUAUUCUCAUCUGUGCCUUAAUGAAAUACAACAUGAUCUUUGUCAUUC